AUGUGUCGUAAAGCAUUCCUUCAUUUGCAGGCUGUGCGGGGUUUCCAGACCAGUGCAGUCCAGCGGGACAUUGACUCUGCUGCGAAGUUCAUUGGAGCUGGAGCUGCCACAGUCGGUGUCGCCGGCUCUGGUGCUGGUAUCGGCAGCGUGGUUCGGCAGCCUGAUCACGGCUAUGCCCGGAACCCAUCCCUGAAGCAGCAGCUGUCUCCUAUGCCAUCUUGGGUUAUGCCUCUCGAGGCCAUGGUCUCUUCUGUCUUAUGAUGGCCUUCCUGUUGCUGUUCGCC